AUGGCAGAAGUGACUUGUAACCACUGGAGUUUGACCACAAGCCAAGCCAUAAAGCUGUGUGCUUUCUGUCCUCACAGGUAUUUGAACCAGACCCUACCAGAAGAUGUAUCAACAGCAGAGCAUUCUCUGAACAGGGAGAAAUUCGCUCUUUUGAAACAAGCCCUGAAUGUAAUUGGCUUCAGUCACUUGGAAGUAGAGAAUCUCUUUGUGAUCCUGGCAGCGAUAUUACACAUUGGAGACAUUCGAUUCACUGCUCUGACCGAGGCCAACUCUGCGUUUGUCUCUGACCUCCAGUUUCUGGAACAAGUGGCCGGAUUGUUACAAGUAUCAACUGAUGAGCUGGUGUCUGCUCUAACAACUGAUAUCCAGUAUUUUAAAG